CAAGAAACCCCAUCGACGAGACAAAACUCGAGGCGUGAACGUGGCAGCCAUUUUACAUCAUCAAGAGUGAAUGACUGAAGCCGGAUCAGUGCCGGGAGUUUUACACUUUUUCUGUCUUUUAAAUAUCACAUUUAUCUUCCUAAAAUAAUCAACACCAUACACGUUGGUGAUCCAGCGGCAGAUUUCUGGAGACAUGGCCACAGAACAUAUUAAUGGAAAUGGUCCAGAAGAACCAAUGGACACCUCUGCUGCAGUUACCCAUUCUGAGCACUUCCAGACUUUAUUAGAAGCUGGUUUACCACAGAAAGUUGCUGAAAAACUAGAUGAAAUUUACAUAGCAGGUUUGGUGUCACACAGUGACUUAGAUGAUCGAGCGAUCGAGGCUCUGAAAGAAUUCAACGAGGAAGGUGCUUUGCAAGUCCUUUUGCAAUUUAAGGACAGUGACCUCUCACAUGUUCAGAACAAAAGUGCCUUUCUUUGUGGCGUGAUGAAGACGUACAGACAGAGAGAGAAACAAGGGACCAAAGUGUCAGACACCAAUAAAGGACCAGAUGAAGCCAAAAUCAAAGCUUUGCUGGAGAGAACUGGCUACACACUCGAUGUGACAACAGGCCAGAGGAAGUAUGGAGGUCCCCCGCCAGAGUCCGCCCACUCAGGGGCACAGCCAACCAUCGGUACAGAGAUAUUUGUAGGCAAAAUCCCCAGAGACCUUUUUGAGGAUGAGCUGGUUCCGCUGUUUGAGAAAGCUGGCCCCAUCUGGGACUUGCGCCUGAUGAUGGAUCCUCUCAGUGGCCUGAACAGAGGCUACGCCUUUGUCACUUUCUGCACUAAAGAAGCUGCACAGCAGGCUGUCAAAUUGUGCAACAACAAUGAAAUUCGACCAGGUAAACACAUCGGAGUGUGUAUCUCUGUGGCCAAUAAUAGACUGUUUGUUGGCUCCAUCCCCAAGAGUAAAACAAAAGAGCAGAUUGUUGAAGAAUUUGCAAAAGUCACAGAGGGUCUAAAUGAUGUCAUAUUGUACCACCAGCCAGACGACAAGAAAAAGAAUCGGGGCUUUUGCUUCCUGGAGUAUGAAGACCACAAGACGGCAGCUCAGGCCCGCCGCCGGCUGAUGAGCGGCAAAGUGAAGGUGUGGGGCAAUGUGGUCACCGUGGAGUGGGCUGAUCCCAUUGAGGACCCAGACCCAGAGGUCAUGGCCAAGGUCAAGGUGCUAUUUGUGAGGAACUUAGCUAGCACUGUCACGGAGGAGAUCCUCGAAAAGGCGUUCAGUCAGUUCGGCAAGCUGGAGCGGGUGAAGAAAUUGAAAGACUAUGCCUUCAUCCACUUUGAGGAAAGAGAUGGUGCCGUGAAGGCUUUGGCUGAUCUCAACGGCAAAGACCUCGAGGGAGAGCACAUUGAAAUAGUCUUCGCCAAGCCCCCUGACCAGAAGAGGAAAGAGCGCAAAGCGCAGAGACAAGCCGCUAAAACACAAAUGUAUGAUGAAUACUAUUAUUACGGGCCUCCCCAUAUGCCACCACCCACAAGAGGCCGAGGCCGCGGUGGACGAGGAGGUUAUUCUUACCCUCCCGACUAUUAUGGCUAUGAAGACUAUUACGAUUACUAUGGAUACGACUACCACAACUACCGGGGCGGCUAUGAUGAUCCGUACUACGGCUAUGACGACUUCCAAGGCUCUGGAAGAGGACGAGGAGGGAGGGGAGGAGUCCGUGGCGGUGCCAGUCAGACCAGGGGCCGCGGUGCCAUCACACCGAGGGGCCGAUUGAGCUUCUCCCAGCGAGGAGGCCCUGGAACAAGCAGAGCAGGGAAACGGGGCCGAGGGCGAUCCUGACCUGUCACAGUGGAUACUGACUUGAUGUGUGGGGUUACACCGUAAGCUGCAAUGGAUGUUAAAGAAAACAACAACAACAACAAAAAAGAGCACGACAAAAAGGUCCAAUGAAAUUCCAGCCUUACAGAAGAAGCAUCUCCCCCCUCCCCCAUGUUUUUUAACUUUAUUUUCAUUUAUUUCUGAAACUGCCACCUUAAAAAGAUGACCGGAGGAUUCUGAAUACUCGCCACAGCCUCUUUUUUUUUUUUUUUUUUUUUUUUCUCCCCUCGCCCCUGAGCCCUUCUACCCAGCCCUGAUAUACAGGGCUCUAUGUAUUGCCCUUACAAUCUACCCCUUCCCUGUCCCUGAACAUGCCAUUUUUUUUUUUUUUUUUAAUAAUUAUUGAAGAAAUUGCACUUUUUAAGUUCUUAGGUUUGAAGUGGCUCAAAGGAGCUUGAUGCUAUUGUAUAUUUUUGUGCUAAUCGCAAUUUUUAUCGUCGGAAUAUCCAUGUUAAUCUUAAUCGUUUGAUCUGGAUGUUUGACAGAACAUUUGCAGGUUUUUAGGGUGUACCCACCUGGCAUGGAUAAGUCAGGCAUUCCAGGAAAGUGGUUCUUUUCAGAACUUGUCUUUAAAGGGUUGGUUGACUACCUCAGUACAGAGGACUAAACUACCCGGCCUGUACUGUAAAUAGGGAAACUAUAUUGAUGAAAGCAGGGCUUGUUUUCAUACAAAAUAUGCACAAGAGCUGCAGCGCAAAAACGAUGUACUUAAUGUAAUAUAGUCAUUUCAGCUGCAGCUCUGACACUGCAAACAGUCAAACUGGGCAUGCAAAACAAUCUCAUAUGAUGAGUCUGAACAAGCCCUGCUUUUAUCCUAUUUUGAACUGAAUUAGCCGCCUUGCUUCUUCAGAGUAUGUAGUUACUGGUUGUAUAGUUUUUCGGAUGAAAUGUUACUUUUGUAAAGGCAUCAACAUCACAGGCAUCCAACUGCCUUUGAUUUAAAAAAAAAAACGAAAAAAAGAGGAAAAAAAAGAAACAAAAAUAAAGCCCUGCAGUGUCCCUUUUGUGCCACUGUAUUAUUCCAGUGGGUUUGUUUUUUAUAUUGAUACAGUACAUUUUCAAACGUCAGAAUAAUGUAAAACAACCUAAUCAAAUCUUUCAUCAUAUAAAAUCAUGUUAAUCUUGAAUGAUCCCUUCCCAGCUCCCAAAGACAGCAACUAUGUAGUACGAAGAUCUUUCGAGUUAAUCUCGAUGGAUGACUGAAUUGCCAUAAUGCCCAGCCAGUGAGCAUGUGUGCCUAACGUUAGCUGCCAUGACUUGGUGAGGGAUCAUAGUCGCAUAGUGGUAGAAGGGAUACUGCAGUGAAUGAUUUCUAUUUCCGGGUAUAGCAAAAAGGAAACUGCUCGUCAAUCCCAGUUUUCUAUACAGUUAACUCCCUCAAUAAAAUCAUAACAACCACCUUUUGAAAAAAAGAUGUUAGCAGUUUUAAACUAUUGUUGGUGGCCAACAACGUUUUUUGCAUUCCUGCAAAUAAAUUGUUUUAUACUGUAAAAUGGAGGUGAGUGUAACUUAUUUUUGUAAUAAAGUUUUUGAUUUCUA